CUAUGAUAACUACUCCUGUCAGACAAUACGAGGAAGAAAAACGUGGGGUUUGCUGUGUGUGUUUUAAACGCUGGUGCUGAGGUAAAACAGACGUCCAGCAAUAUAUGCAACCGGCUGUUGGAUCCAUUUACAGACGCCAAAGUUGAUCGAGACGUCCCCGCUUCCUGUUUUUGUUUUACCAGCUUAGCCCCGUACAGGUCCAUGCCACAUCUCUGCUGUGUUCACCUGAACAGGACAGGAAACCUGAUGGAACCUACACAGACUUACUCAUGACUGCCUGCCUGCCUUGGAGCUUAGGAGUGGACUCUUAGUGGGGGACGAAAGGUAGACAUUUGGAACUGAUAGCAAGCAGUGGGGGAGGUAAAGAAAGCACCCCGCUGUCUCACGUGCUGACAUUCCACCGGUCGGUUCGAGGCACUUGUGUUUAUUAAGCAAUCCUGAUGGAUCCUGGGAGAACUUCUAUUCUGAGGAUUCCCACAGACUGCCAGAGCUAAAAACAGACGCGGACAGACGCACGCACACACAGCGAGCGGUAGGGACGGGUCAGGCCGGUUUAGGUUAUGGAAGCUCUGAGGGAAUCUUUUUUGCAUUUAACCUUCCAGAUGUCAUCCUACAAACGGGCCACUUUAGACGAGGAGGAGCUGGUGGACGCCAACCCUGACGGAGUGUAUCAUCCCUCUAGCGUCCAGGUAGUGCUGCAGCGUGGACCGGUGGGCAGGUACUGGUCUGAGCGGAGUAAUCUGGAGAGGAAGCUUGUUGUUGUGGCGUGCGCCCUUUCACUCGCCCUAUUCAUUUGCAUCCUGACCCUUGGUCUGCAUUAUAAACAGACACACCCGGGGCUCUGUCUGUCAGAACCAUGUGUGAGCGUGGCAGCAGCUGUAAUGGGAGCUCUGGACCGCUCUGUGGAUCCAUGUCAUGACUUCUACAACUUUGCAUGUGGUGGAUGGAUGAAGAAAAACCCUCUACCAGAGGGCAAAUCACGAUGGGGCACCUUCAGCAACCUCUGGGAGCACAACAUGGCAGUCAUGAAGAAUUUACUUGAAAACACCAGUCAGCAGGGGCUGAGUGAGGCUCAAUUUAAGUCCCAGCAUUACUACCAAGCAUGCAUGAAUGAAGCCAAGAUAGAGGAGCUGGGAGCCCGACCCUUACAGGAACUCAUUAACCAGACAGGAGGUUGGACUUUGACUGGCUCCUGGAACAAAGAUAACUUCCAAGAGGUUUUGCGCACUGUGUCAGCCAACUACCGCACUUCCCCUUUCUUCACUGUUUUUGUCAGCACAGACUCCAAGAACUCCAACAGCAACAUUAUUCAGGUUGAUCAGUCUGGUCUGGGGUUGCCGUCUCGAGAAUACUAUCUUAACAAGACUGCCAACAAGAAGUACCUGAACGCAUAUUUGGACUUCCUGGUAGAGCUGGGGGUCCUGCUGGGUGGCUCCGAGGAGACCUCUCGUACAGUGAUGCAGGAGAUUGUGGACUUCGAGACGGUGCUGGCCAACAUCACGGUUCCUCAGGAGGAGAGGAGGGACGAGGAGCUCAUCUACCAUAAGAUUCAAGCCAAGGAUUUAGCAACACUGGCGCCUGCUGUUGACUGGAUGCCAUUCCUCCAAGAUGUGUUUGCUCCAGUCGCUCUCAAUGAAUCGGAGCCUGUCGUGCUCUAUGCUACAGAGUAUCUACAAAAGGUCUCACAGCUCAUUACUAACACCAACAAGAGCACAUUAAACAACUACAUGAUCAUGAAGGUGGUCAGAAAAAUGGUCUCCAUCCUGGACCAGAAGUUUCAAGAUGCUGAGCAGCGUUUUCUCGAAGUGAUGUACGGUGCCAAGAAAAGCUGCACUCCCCGUUGGAAACUGUGCGUCAGCGACACAGACAGCGCCCUCGGCUUCGCCCUCGGAGCUCUGUUCGUCAAAGCUACCUUCGCCGAAGACAGCAAGGCCUUUGCUGAAGAUAUGGUCUCGGAAAUCAAAUGGGCCUUUGAGGACAACCUGAAGCAGGUGAGAUGGAUGGAUGGCGAAACUAAAAAGGCGGCCAAAGAAAAGGCAGAUGCUAUUUAUAACAUGAUUGGCUACCCAAAGUUCAUCAUGGAUCACAAGGAGUUGGACAAGGUUUUCAACGAUUUUGAGGUGGUGCCCGAGUUGUACUUCCAGAAUGUCAUGCAGUACUACAACUUUUCAGGUCGAGUAACUGCUAACCAGCUGAGGAAAGCUUCAAACAGAGAUCAAUGGAGUAUGACCCCUCCUACAGUGAACGCCUAUUACAACCCCACCAAGAACGAGAUGGUACUCCCCGCCGGCAUCCUACAAGCUCCCUUCUACAACCCCGCCUGGCCGAAAGCGCUGAAUUUUGGUGGAAUUGGAGUCGUUAUGGGACAUGAACUGACUCAUGCGUUUGAUGACCAAGGAAGGGAGUAUGAUAAGGAUGGGAAUUUGCGCUCCUGGUGGAAGAACUCAUCUGUGGAGGCAUUUAAGCAGCAGACUCAGUGUAUGGUGGAGCAGUACAGCAACUACAGCAUCAACAGUGAACUCCUCAAUGGCAAACACACUCUGGGGGAGAACAUCGCAGACAAUGGAGGCCUCAAAGCAGCUUACAAGGCCUAUGUGAACUGGAUCCAGAAGAAUGGGGAGGAGGCUACACUACCUGCUUUGGGAAUGACGAACCAUCAGCUAUUUUUUGUUAGUUUUGCACAGGUGUGGUGUUCGGUCCGGACCCCCGAAAGCUCUCACGAGGGCGUGAUCACCGACCCUCACAGCCCCUCGCGCUUCAGAGUCAUCGGCACCAUCUCCAACUCCCACGAAUUCUCCGAGCACUUCGGAUGCAAGAUAAAUUCACCCAUGAACCCCGGUCGGAAAUGUGAACUCUGGUGACCCCUGCUAUCAGUGGAGAUGCCUGGUAAACAGAAACAGGAUGGAACCUGCUCUGUUUACUCACCCUGCUAAUGCGCAUUUCUCAGGUUGAAAGAUCUGGACGGCAGAGUCUGGAGGAUUUGUAUAUAAUAUUAUACUAUAUAAUAUAGUUUUUAAUAGAGGGCUCUCUCUUUUUUAUUCUCAUCAGGACUUGUUGAUAUAUACCUUGUGGAAACAGAAGGAAAGUCUAACACUGGAAAGACUGGGUAACUGAAUGGGACUGGGUAAAAAAGACAUGUGCCCAGUCAGUUUUGUAAAUACCUGCUUCUUUUUCAUGUGCAUUUUUUCUAAGGGUGACAAUGUUGUAUAGUUUUGUGCUCUGUAAUGUAUAGCAUUGUCUAUACUUGUAUUUUUUAUGUGGUUUAUUAAACGGUUUGCACCAA